AUUUCAGCUUGCGAAUGCAACCAACACGCCCGGCGAUGCAGAUUUAACAUGGAACUGUAUAAAUUGUCUGGCCGAGUAUCCGGAGGCGUAUGUCUCAAAUGCCGUCACUUCACUGCUGGAAGACACUGCCACUAUUGCCGCGAAGGCUACUACAGGGAUCCCACCAAACAGAUUACCCAUCGCAAGGCUUGCAAACCAUGUGACUGUCACCCAAUAGGAGCAUCAGGAAAGACCUGCAACCAAGCAACUGGACAAUGCCCUUGCAAAGAUGGGGUUGUUGGUAUUACCUGCAACCGGUGUGCCAAAGGAUACCAGCAAAGCCGUUCCCAUAUUGCACCUUGCAUUAAAAUACCAGUUGUGCAGAUGAUGGCUACAGAAGAAGAUGACAAUGGAUAUAGGGAAGAUCCCGAUUCUAAUAGAGGCGGAGAUCAAUGUGGAAAAUGCAAAGCAGCUACGAGAAGAUUGAAUAUGAAUAAAUAUUGCAAGAGAGACUAUGCAAUUAUGGCAAGAGUACUCUCUCGAAUUGAAAACAGUGAUGAAGAAAACACCAAAGGUUGGAUAAGAUUCAUGGUUAAUGUUGAAUUCAUUUACAAAAAAGCUGGAGAUUCUCUGAUCCGCAAAGGUGUUAUGCCAAUGCUAAUUCCAGCUGCUGACCUAGCUUGCAAAUGUCCUAAAAUAAAAUCAAACAGAUCUGAACUGGAUAUAAUUGAAUUAUGCAAGGCGUUCAAUUUUGCGAAGGUAAUUGCGACAGGUUGUCAAUGA